AUGAUCAGACUGAUAGCCCGUAGAUUAAUGUCUUCUACUCCUGAGGAGAAACUGAUUUUUGAUAAGCUGUCGAAACAAUUAAGCCCUAAAAACAUGCAUGUUCAAGAUGUCAGCGGUGGCUGCGGGUCGAUGUUCGCAAUUGACAUCACCAGCGAUAAGUUCAAGGGUUUAACAAUGGUCAAACAACACAAACUGGUCAAUAAAAUUUUGGAGGACGACAUCAAAAGAUGGCAUGGUCUACAACUUCGCACCAGAAGCGAUUAA